GGCGAGUCAGCGGCGAUUCAGGAAAUAAGUCCAUCGCAGUGACAGGAACAACAUCACGGGACUGUCUUUGCACUGAGCAGAUUAAUAAAAUAUUACCUGUAAGCGAUCUGUGUACACACCUGUAAUAUUAGACAACAUGUCUAGGCAGUCGAACAGAGCCACGGACAGCAAGAAGAUGAAUUCAGAAUUAUUCACUCUCACUUAUGGAGCCCUGGUCACUCAGCUGUGUAAAGACUAUGAAAAUGAUGAGGAGGUCAACAAACAACUGGAUAAAAUGGGAUACAAUAUCGGAGUGCGUCUGAUUGAGGACUUCUUGGCUCGGUCCAGCGUGGGGAGGUGUCAUGAUUUCCGAGAAACAGCCGAUGUCAUUGCAAAGGUAGCCUUCAAGAUGUACUUGGGUAUCACCCCCAGCGUGACCAACUGGAGUCCUGCUGGAGACGAGUUCUCUCUUAUCCUCGAAAGCAACCCCCUGGUGGACUUUGUAGAGCUUCCCGACAACCACAGCAAUCUGGUCUACUCCAACCUGCUCUGUGGAGUGCUGAGAGGAGCUCUUGAAAUGGUUCAAAUGGCGGUGGACGUGCGAUUUGCUCAGGACACGCUAAGAGGUGACAAUGUGACAGAAAUUCGCAUGAAGUUCAUCAAAAGGAUCGAGGAGAACAUGCCAGCUGGGGAUGAAUGAGGCUGAGAGACACUAACCUUUGACCUGUGAGACUUUUUUUAUGUUGGGUUGGGAACCAAAAACUUCCAUUUUGGUCAAGGGAAGACCAACCAAUCCUUCUUAUAAUACAAUAAAACAUUGUAAGUAUUGCAAUGAGAGUUCACCAUCGAGAAGAUUCUCUCGAUGUGUCAAUAAGGAUGGCAUGUUCUUUCCACCUGGUCCAUGUUUUGUAUUUCAGGACAAUACACUCUUUUUGUAUUUGUCUCUAGUGUAUUUUUUUGUUUUCUUAUUGCGUUUAACUCGGACAUAAGCCAGAGAAGGUUUAAUUUAUUCAGCAGUGUAUCAUAAUCCGAUUGAAUAAAUCAUCGACUAUGAA